GCACGGCAGACAGCGCGUUUGGGAGGUGUAGUGGAAGAAAGGCAAAGAGAAACGGAGUAAAUGAGAGCACUUCUGUCCACAUUGUUGAAGGACUUACCAACUUAAAACACCGCCGAAGCACCAAAGUAUAAUGAGACGGGCACACUGUUGAGCUGCUGUCCAGAAUGACAAUGGUUUGGGCUGUACUACAGGAUCAUCCAUGCUGUGAUCAACAUUGGGGCCUGUUUGGUGGUCAUUUUUAGUGAGUGGUAGAACAACACUGUCCCCAGGCAUGCUGUACCCUUCAUGCCUUCAAGUGUCAGAAUGUUUGUACUGGUCAUGAGACUACGUCGGACCGUUUGUGUGUACGCAACGGGGGCCUGGCAUGUGACCCGGCGAAGACGCAACAAGCUGGCGUAAUGAAGGAGCCGGUGACUUGCUUGGCUCGCUCAAUGUUCUGUUUUUGAAAAUACCAGUCACCUCCCACCCAAUGCCCCCUCGCAGUUCUGUUGACGUAAAUGGUUACAUGCGGAAUCUGAGGAGUGUUGUUUGAAAUCUUGAUGCUUCAAGCAGACAAAACUGGGAUGCAGACCUGCUUGGGACAUGUGAGGUUUUAUUAACUCUGCUUGUGUUCUCUUUGCCAUUUCAUUUGAGCGUCUUGCUUCUUUGAAAUGGGCUUCAGUUUGUCUGAACUGCUUAAAAGUAAAUGCAUUAACAUGAGUCAUAAAGGACUUUUCUUUCAUGGGUGUAUGGCCACAGUUGCUGCAAUAUUCUUAUUAUCAAUGGUCUAUGUUCAGGGAACCUGAAAGAGGAACUUAGGACGGUAUAGUAGUUUAUACUAAUACCAGUUCCACUGUGGCAUUUGAAAUCAAACAAGUGCUGCCUCAGGGCUAGUUUCACUAACAGGUGAGAUUAUUUGAUCUUCUCGAUUCCUUGCGAGCAUUUGGGAUAAUUGUUCAAACUUCUGUUGCGGCAAAUCUGCUGCUGACUCAUCUUGUUUACCUAGAAAACUGAGGGGAAACGGUUUCUAUUGAUCGGCGAUGACGGAAGUGGUGUGGUGAUGUCGGCCUGAUUUUCUGCUUCUUGCCUGAAAUGCAUGGGACCGUCCUCUCUGGCUUACUGACAGGCUCGGUGUGUGGCAUCUUCUGCAGCAUGACACUGAUUUGCAUUGAAUGCGGUGUCUCUUCCACCCUCCCUCUCUCCCCACUUCCAGCCUCUUUCUACCCUCCUGAAGCUGGAGCCAGAAAGAUGAAUGAUUGAAAACCGCCCCUGACAUGAGUACAUCCAGGCAGGCAGGCAGGCGGUGGCCCAUAGGCCUGUGGACCAUGUGACCUGCUGUCGGGGUACUGGGUUCAUUUAGUGGCUGCUGGCUGCAGCACUGGCAGCAGCCCAGCCUUUUCCAUACAGGCUGCAGUAGCAACAGGUCGCUGCUAUUAAAACAGCAGCGCUCUGUUGUGGCUCCAGAGUCAGUCCUUGUGCAUGUGUUGCUUCUUAAACUGUGAUUCUGUGUGUGAUCAACUUUGUUUAUGCGAUGUAUCACAGUGUGUAUAUAAUGUGUUCAUGACUGUGUCACGGAGUGCAGUCUUGGAUCAGACAGUUUGAACAAACCCCAGUUUUGAGUUUCACUUGGUAUCUGGAUUCCUUAAGUCUGAGCAAAAAUUAACUCUACUUAUGAUGGUUUAAUCUCAAUUCCGCUCACUUGUAGAAGUGAGAACAGCAUCAUAGCAGAAAUGUGUUGAUCACACACUCAGUGACAGAUGUAGUUAGGCCCUAGGCUGUACUGAUAUGACUUGUUGUCUGUCAAUAGACACAUUCACUUCCUGUUGUUUGGCCUCGCCAGCAAACUGAAUGAGGCCAGUGAAACGAAGCUCUUUCUCUCUCUCUCUGCUUUGAUGGUUUUUCUCUGAUGCAGCUGCAGAAAAAUUGAUUUUUGUCAAUGGUCAGGAAUUGCCUGGUGUUCUGUGUGACAUUUGUAUACGCAAGCAUGCCAAUUGAUCAUUGUUUUCCUUCUGCCCUGCAUACAAAGCAGCCUUUAUAUUCUAUAAAGUUGGCUCAAAUGGAUCAAAGUGUCAAGUGUUUUUGUAGUGAUAGCCUGCAGGGUUUUAGUGUGAGCUGUUGAUGGAUGACUGAUAAGUGUUUUGGAUUUUAGCCAGAUUAUCAGAUGACUCUAUGCCUUUUAACCACAUAUACUGUGCCUUGCAAAUGUAACCCCAUGCCUUGAAGAUUGAGAUUUUAAUCAAAAAAAGGAAAAGCUCAGAGUAUUUCAUCUUAUUGAGUGAAACAAAUUGGCAAGCAAGUGUGAAGCUAAAGCAAAAAAGAUGAAUGGUUUUGUAGAUAAACUGAAAAGUGUGGUGUGCCUAUGUACCGUAAUUUCCGAACUAUAAGCCGCGACUUUUGUCACACGCUUUCAACCCUGCGACUUAUGCAAUGAUGCGGCUAAUUUAUGCAUUUUUUUCUAACGGCUGCCAGGGGCGCUCGAGCAGAAAAGGUAAGAGUGAGACAGGUGGAAUAUAUGUCGAGGAAGACACAAGUUUAAUGUAACUUUGCGCUUUGUGCAUGCAUAAAAUUAGCAUGAAAAUCAUCAUGGAAAAUGCAAGAACAAAUGCAUAUGACGCAGCUUUCAAGUUAAAAGCUGGCCGAUAAAGAACAACGAAAGAGAGACUUAGAGAGUGUGUGGCAAAGAAUAUCGGACGCUAUUUCAAUCCGACACUGAGGAGGAAGACUUCCAUAGUUUCAGUGCACCGGAGGAAGAUGAAGACGGCUCUCAGUGACUUUUACUGGUAUGUUUUUUUUCACCAGUCCCGUUAGUGCUGUGCUGCCGUGUUGCUGCUGUGUUACUGCCGUGUCUCAGUGACGUUUACCAGUAUGUUUUUUUUAACCAGCCCUGUUAGUGCUGUGCUACCGUGUUACCGCUGUGUUACUGCCACAACACAGGCACUGUUUGGAAAGAAAAGCUAAGGUACAUUAUUAAAACUUUGAAAGCUCUGUGCACCGUCUUUCUUUCUAAAUAUGUCAUGUUUCAAUGUAGGCACAUGCGGCCUACAGAUAGGUGCGGCUUAUGUAUGUACAAAAUGGUUUUUCCUUUAAAAAUGCACUGGGUGAGGCUUAUAAUCAGGUGCGCUCUAUAGUCCGGAAAUUACAGCUAAAGUAUUAGUAUAGUACGGAACCUACUUGAAUAGUUUAGGUGAAAGCAGUUUUUUCUUUUUUUUCCUUCUGAAGCAUUAUGAACUCCAAAAUCAGUUAAACAUUAAAAAAACUAUUUUGGUAACCAACAAUUAACUGUUCCAAGUAUUAGAAACAAAUUAAUAGUUCAAAUAGAAGUGAACUGUUUUUACGUUUUAUGAGUAUGCUCCUAAAAUCUUCCAAGAUAUUGAAUACAAAUUGCCCAAAUGGGUUUUCUCCGUAGGGUGUCUGGACUCUCCCUUAGAGAUAGAGUCAGAAGCUCGGUCAUUUGGGAGGGACUCAGAGUAGAGCCACUGCUCUAUCACAUCAUGAGGAGACAGUUGAGGUGGCUCGGGGACCUGGUCAGGAUGCUUCCUGGAUCCCUCGCUGAGCAGCUCUGGUCAUGCGUGGAGGGGAAAACUCCUGGUCUAUCAAGAAUGGUUGUGCAGGUUACCACCAGAAGGCGGCCUUAAACCCCAGGACCCCAUCUGCAGCCUCCUGCAUUGGGCUGAGUGAAGAAAACAAAAUUGUGUCUCUCCUGGUGGGAAACCUGGAUCCUCCAUCUUGUCCACCAACAUGACCAAUGUGGUGAUCGUCAAGGAGGGAUGGCUGCAUAAAAGAGGAGAAUACAUCAAGACCUGGAGGCCGAGGUAUUUUCUCCUCAAGAGUGACGGUACAUUUAUCGGUUACAAAGAACGACCACAAGAUGUUGACCAGCUGGAAACCCCCUUAAAUAACUUCUCUGUUGCACAGUGCCAGCUGAUGAAGACGGAACGACCCAAGCCCAACACAUUUAUCAUCCGCUGCCUGCAGUGGACCACUGUCAUCGAGCGUACCUUCCACGUGGAGACCCCCGAGGAAAGGGAAGAAUGGACCAAAGCCAUCCAGGCAGUGGCUGAAGGCCUUCAUAAACAAGAAGAGGAGAGGAUGGACUCCUCUCCAGAGCCCAUGGACAUGGAGGUCUACCUGACCAAACCCAGACACAAAGUGACUAUGCAUGACUUUGAAUACCUCAAACUCCUGGGAAAAGGCACUUUUGGCAAAGUUAUUCUAGUAAAGGAGAAGGCCACAGGACGCUACUAUGCCAUGAAGAUCCUAAAGAAGGAGGUGAUCGUAGCAAAAGAUGAAGUGGCACACACACUCACAGAGAACAGGGUCCUCCAGAAUUCAAAGCAUCCGUUCUUGACUGGACUGAAAUACUCCUUCCAGACUCAUGACCGCCUGUGUUUUGUAAUGGAGUACGCAAAUGGUGGUGAGCUUUUCUUCCAUCUGUCAAGAGACCGGGUAUUUUCAGAAGAACGGGCUCGGUUCUAUGGUGCAGAGAUAGUGUCAGCGUUGGAUUACCUGCAUGCUGAGAGAAACGUGGUUUAUAGAGAUCUCAAGCUGGAAAACCUCAUGCUGGAUAAAGACGGACACAUAAAGAUCACAGAUUUUGGUCUCUGUAAGGAGGGGAUCAAAGACGGAGCCACUAUGAAAACUUUCUGUGGGACGCCAGAGUACCUUGCACCAGAGGUCCUAGAAGACAAUGACUAUGGCCGCGCUGUGGACUGGUGGGGUCUGGGCGUGGUGAUGUAUGAGAUGAUGUGCGGUCGGCUGCCGUUUUACAACCAGGAUCACGAGAGGCUGUUUGAGCUCAUCCUCAUGGAAGACAUCCGUUUUCCUCGGACUCUCGGCCCUGAGGCACGCUCGCUGCUCUCCGGUCUCCUUAAGAAGGACCCAAUGCAAAGGUUAGGUGGAGGGCCUGAUGAUGCCAAGGAAAUCAUGCAGCACAAAUUCUUUGCUGGGAUAAAUUGGCAAGAUGUCUAUGAAAAGAAGCUUGUCCCGCCGUUUAAGCCCCAAGUUACCUCAGAGACGGACACAAGAUAUUUUGACGAAGAGUUCACAGGACAAACCAUCACCAUUACGCCACCCGGACAAGAUGACAGCAUGGAAUCUUUCGACAGCGAGCAACGACCCCACUUCCCACAGUUCUCCUACUCUGCCAGUGGGACAGCCUAAUAUGCAAAUCUCAAACAUUCCUCCGGUCCCACCGUCAUUCCCUCUCUGCACCCGACUGCACUCUCAAAAGGCCCCAGCCUGCUCAGCCUUGUCCUCCCCCAGCAUUGUCUGCACAAGCCCCCCCAUCGGAUGUCUCAGUCUGCGAGCCGUUGUUGUUGUUGUUUUACAGGAUGGAGGAAGUGCGAGACAAAAACAAAGAUAAACGUGCUUGUUCUUGGUGGCCUUUGAAGACUGACCAUGGAGAUAACACUACCCUGCAUUUCCUGGUUGUUAUGCUGUAUACAGAGCAGGCAUCCGUACUCCAUAAUGAACGGGGAAAUGUAGCUAUGCACAAAUUGGGCUACCCCCACAGCUCAAUGGGUUUUUUUUCUUUUUCUUUUUUAAAGGGGUUGUUUAUAUUCAAUGAAACAUCAACCAUUUCAAAUAGGUUCUAGGCAUGCUGUGGACCAAAAACACCAUGUUAAACAGAGAGUGUGUUGUUCGUUGAGUGGGUGAUGUAUUCAUGUUUUUCGAGUCUUUUCUGACUUUUUUGGCCUCAUAAAGUGAAUGUACCGUAUCAAAUAAAGUUAAUCUUCCUUCAUACUGAUGUGCUGUAACACAUGUCUAAUUCUCCUAAGACUGAAAAGUCCUCUUUGCUUUAAGCGACCCUUGAUACAAAACUGAAACCGAUCUGUCAUAUUACCAUUCCACACAAUGAUAUGUCUGAGGAAUCAGCAGUGCAAUCUAGUCUAACAUGACGCGAGUGUGAGUGAUCAUUCAGUUCCUUUUAAAAAUUGCUUGCACAUCACUCAGAUCCACUGUUUCCUGUUCAGGCUGAUAAAAAGCAUCUUCACUCCUGAAGUCAGUGCUUACACUUUCUGGUGCCUUUUCAUGUGGAUGCUCCUUCUGCUCCGAGCUCUUCUUUUCCCCUUUGGGUUCUUCCUCUGAAUACAGUACACUAUUGGGUGUUAUAUUCCACCUGGUGCAUAUGCUGCAGCCUCAGUGAGGUGACUUCAACAUAAUACAAUUCUUUAGGAAAACGUCGCAAGCAAACUAGGCUUCAGGGGAAAACGGUGAUCUUUCAUUUGCUUCUUUAGGGGACUUCCACCCCUCUCACUAGCUUCCGAGUUAUUUAUGAGACCAAUGUGGAUGAAAAGGAGUUUCACUGUGCCAAUGAUAUGCACUUUGUUGCCCAAAAAUGAUUGUAUUAGGACCCCCCUCUACAUAUGGCUGGUAAAGACUAAAUUAGUUUCCUUUUGUAAGAUGAAUUUGUGUGUUGUGGAUACGAUUGAAACCAGACGUGUUGGUUUGAAUCAUUUCUUGUGCUGAGGCUAAAACCGAUGGUCUUCUUUCAGGAGUUUCCAGAAGCUCUUCAGUGUUUUUAGAACGACAGAUAAUCAUUGUCAAAAGUACAUAUUUUCAUUGAAUGUAAUGGUUAUUUUUAUAUUGUUUUCUCUUCAGUCGUUUGCAAACCUUUGUUCACUCUUUGAGUCUGUUUGUUACUUAUUCCUAUGCACACUCCCAUCUUGGCUAUCACCUUCUGAAAAUAGGGGGGGGAAAAAAAUCAUUUUAUAUUUUUUACUUCAACUUUUUUUGUAUCUGCCCCUCCUGUAUUCCUGUGACCGAGGACACCAGCUUUAGUAAACAAAUAAUAUAAACUUUGUACACUGUUUUUACAUGUUUUCUUCUCAACUGAUGAAAUAAAAGGUCUUAUCAAC